AUGCCUGAGCAACAUCACUGGAAUACUAAAAUAAUGGACGCCACGCCGAAUACAGUUUCACUGGUGGUUACGUCAAUAGUACUGAAAGGCAGUCUGUCUCAUGUUAUCUACACACCAGAGGGCAGCGAGCUAUUACUGAUUGGCGUACCUCAUAAAAAAUGUUCAUUAUUGGAAGCUCGUCAACUCAGCGCUGACAUUGUUCGUUGCUUAAAGUUCAAAUACCAAACUUUGUCAAGGUGUUUUGGGAACAAAGAGCAUAGACCUGCGCUGGAACGACUGUUCUCCAGUAUUUGGCUGCAAGUGAGUACCAGCGACAGUGUGACUUGUCCACAAUUCGAGCACAGAUUUCCAGCAGCGCACUACAUGCCUCUACCAAGGGAUGCUCAGAUUCAGAUUGACGACGCUCUCAGUGAAUUUGAAGCGAAUGACUUUGGCAGCUAUACAGAGGAUCAUCAUGGAUCCCAAAGACUAUACUCCAUCAUUGGAAGCUGCUUCUUUUACAAGGGAUACCUACUGGGCUCUCACUUACCUAGCCCCGACCUAGUGGAUGUUUCGGCAUUCUGCCGUCAGACAGCACUGCUGUCCCUCACCCGCCAGGAGUCGCUGCGAAGGGUGGUGAUGUGGAGACAGGUCUACCCCCUCUCUUGCAACCGGGGUCUGCAGACCGCCGUAAACACCCCACUGCCUAUCAUCUGCCCAAUGGACGAUGGUUUAUGCUCAUUGUCGGUCAGGGAAUAGUUUGCUGGUUACCAUUUUUGAAUCUGCUGGCUGUACUAUCAAAGCAGUUGGCAAUCCAGGUCCUGAUAUCGAUUAUGUACAGCAAGCCCAAGCCACUCUCAACAUAUACACAAGAGGAG